AUGGAGCACCCUCCCACUAGAAAUAUCCCUACAAGAUCUUCUGACAUUGGUUUUGUCCGGCGUCUGACGUUGACAGUGGUAACCAUCUUUGUCAUUUUCAUGGCCAUCAUUGGCAUAGCUUGGUUUGUCAUGCAUCCACACGACCCUAGUUUUACGGUGACAUCACUUUCUGUCUCAAACUUCACUGUGUCUGAUUCACAGCUUACAGGCGUGUUCGAGGCGGGACUGACCAUAACAAACAAAAACAAAAAAAUCCAAUUGAUUCUCGACAAUUUCGGUGUGGUGAUACUUUACGGUGAAACCGUGCUCUCGGAAGCUGAGGUGCAACAACCUAUACUUUUGGUAAAGAUGAGUAACAAGAGUAUGAAGGUUGACUUGGUAACGACGAAUUCAGCGAAGUUCGUGCAUAAGGUGGUGCAAGAGAAUCUAGUUGAGGAAUGGAACAAAGGGGUGGUGAAUUUUGAUGUGAAGAUGGUUGUUAGAGUUGGAUUUGAAGCUGGAAUAUGGCCAAGCAAGGAAAAGACAUUGUGUGUUUCUUGUGGGGACUUGGAUGUGGAAUUCUAUUCUACAAAAGACACUGGAAAACUAUUGGGUAUUGGGAAGAACUGCAACAUAGUUGAAGCUAAACCAUAG